AUGCCUGCAGCACGCUGGACCUCAAACGUACAAACAGAGUGGCUUCAAGAGCGCCUCCCCCAAUAUCUCACAGAGCACUUGAAGGAGAAAGAUUAUUCGCGUUUUUGGCUGACCUUGAUCAGGGACUGGUUUAAACAGUUCCCAGAGGAAGCGGUAGUAUUUCCCGACAUUCCCGCUGACGCCCUUUCGCCAGAGCAAUGUAUUGAGGUGGGAGAAGCUGAAAACAGGCGCAAAAUACAACUCCAGACUUGGUUUCAUUGGCAUGUGAACAUGUCCAAGAAAAACCAUAGCCUGAAAAAGGAGUCAACUGUCUUUGAUGACCGGAUCAGACCAUUGGUGAAGGCCGAGGAAGAGGCUGGGAAGGUGUUGUUGGGCAGACGAAUUGCGCUGGGGCAUAAAUUUUCUAAAGAGCUGUUGGAUGAUGAGGAUGAGGAGGUCAAGGUUCAGAUUCGUGAUAUGUAUGAGAAGCAGCAGAAAACUCACGAGAGGUCCGGCAAGAAGAAUAUUUUAGAUGAGGAUGCCGAGGAUUGUGUGUUUGAUGCAGAGGAAAUUGCACACAAGGGCAUAGAUGACUUACCCAUUAUCUGCCAGCGAUUUGUGCAAUUGGUCAAGAAGAAGACCGGUUUCCUCAUGUCCUUCAUGUUUGCUGGUCCAGAUCCAGGAAACAACUGGGAUAUGACCUCAUUAUCCUGA